CAGGGUUGUCCUCAACUCCACGCGACGCAGCGCUCGCGGAUGACGUCGCGGCGGGGCCGUGGGUGGACGGGGUGGCGGGUCGGCCGGGACGCCGGGGUUCGGCGUUGCUGCGGAGCUCAGGCAGGGGGGCAGGUUGCCCACCAGGCCAGUGGCUGAGCCUGAGCCUCCACGUGCCACAAGGGCCCUGAGGAGGAAUGGCUGCUGCGGGCAGGCUGCUUGGAAUUGACUCAGGCACCAGUGACAGCUCCGGGACUUCCCAGCAAACAGGGUGUGUUCUUCCGGGUAGGACAGCAGGGUCUGGUAUCCCACACACACCCUCACUCAGCCAUAGCGGUUGCUGGGAGGUACAGGGUGUGGAGGGAACGCCGCCAAGUCUCCUGCACUUGCCCCAGCGGUCUCUUCCAUGGGGCAGAAGCUGUUCUGACCAGGCCCCACUGCACCUGCUGCGGCAGCCCGUGUUGAGGGGGUAUGCUCUGGUGCAUGCCCGCCUACAUACAUCCUCCUGGCAGGCAGACAGCAACAGGGCCUCACUCACGCGUGUGCACCGACAAGCCUAUGCACGCCUCUACCCCGUGCUCCUGGUCAAGCAGGACGGUUCCACCAUCCACAUCCGCUACCGGGAGCCACGACGAAUGCUUGAGAUGCCUGUGGACCUGGACGCCCUGUCCCCAGAAGAGAGGCGGGCACGGUUCCGGAAACGCGAGGCCCAGCUCCGAAAGAAAGAGGAGGAGGAGCCAGAGCUCAGUGAUGACUUUGACGUGGAGCAGUACAAGCGGUUUUGGACAAAAAAGUGAUGGGCCUGGAAGCUGCCUGGGUGGGGGAUGCGAGUGUGGGGAUGGUGUGUCUUUACAUGGUGUGUUCACAAAGCCGUC